AGCAACGAAAGGAGUAACAACGAAAAAACAAGAACUUAGAAUAACUGCUCUCUGAUUGCAAAAAUGAAGAAAAACUUUGCCUUUCAAUUGUUUGUUUUUGUGGCAACUAUCAGCAUUGCUUAUGGAUAUCCAUUUAGUCGCAAGUUGCAACUGACAAUUUCUCAAACAGAGCAAGCGUGUAAAAAAGAUCUGGAAGAGUGUACCGCGGGUGACCUGUGCUGUGGUUUUACGCAUCGCUGUGAUUUUCUUUACCCAACAGAUAAAAUUACACGCUGCAUAGCUCCGCAAACUUGUGUGGUGGAAAAUGGAAUCUGUGGAUCUGGUGAUUAUUGUUGCAAAGGUUUAGAAUGUCGAGAACCACAAGAAGAUCAAGUUAAGUGCAAGAACAAAGGUUUCUUUUGUUACAAGCCGGAAGUUAGAAAAAAAUGUCCGCUGACCUGCAGCUUAAGUGGAAAAGCAAAUUACAGAUGUCAACGAAGCUUAAAUCAAACAUCCGUUCAACAACAGCAAACGGGAGCUAUAAUGGCUUAACAAUCGACGACAGCCCUUAAGUGAUACCCUCGCUCUAUUCAAAAACGCUGCUCAAAAACGAGUGUUUUUCAUUACUAAGCAUGUUGUGGGACAAUGAUUGAGGAAACUUUAUUUAUACCAAAAUGAACAAAAUUGAAAAUAUUUAACUGUAAGUCUGUAAUUCUGUAAAGGAAGUACAAAUAUAUUCAAUAAAACAAGAUUUAAUAAACGUA